GUUGGUUAAAAAAGUGACAGGAAUCUCACAUCCCCUCUGACAACUGGGACACCUUCAGCUUCUACAGAAGAAGAGCCAGCAAGAUGAAGGUUCUGCUGUUCAAUCUUUUCCUUGGUCUGCUUUAUGCAGGUCAAGGUGAAGCUCAGCUAUUUCUCAAACCGUUUUCAGGAGAAUGGAGAACCCUUUUCAUCGCAUCCAGUAAUAUUGAGAAGAUCACUGAGGAUGGGCCAUUUCACAUUUAUGCACGUUACAUUCAGUUUAAUGCAGACAACACAGUAGACAUCGACUUUUAUAUCAAGUCAAAUGGAGAAUGCAUAAAAAAACACGUCACAGCACAGCCGCAACAAAACUUCACUUACACUUCUGAAUAUGCGGGUCAAAGUGAAGGUCGACCUCUUCAUGUGUCCCAUCACUCUAUAAUAGGACAUGUCUUCAACGUGGAUGAAGAAGGAAACGAGACAAAUCUAGUUGGAAUAAUUGGCACAGAUGACGAGAUUUCAGACAGUGACUUUGAGAGGUUCAAAGAGGAGACAAGAGACAAAGGGAUCCCAGAAGAAAAUAUUGUGAAUUUCAUCGAUAAUGAUGACUGUCCAGAGGAGUGAACAAAAGUGACAUGGGUACAGACACUUUUGAGCAGUCCCUGAGACAAGACACGUCCUCAUCUCCAUGGAAUCAAGAUCAACAACACGAAGAUGACUCUCCUGGUUUCUGAUUAACAUGAUCCUUCUCUCUUCACACUCACACUCCCUCUCCCAUCUCAUCUCUCCUGGUCACUAAAUCACAUCCUGUCUGGUGGUGUUUGAUUUCUGAGGGUUUAAAUAAACUGAUUUAAUGUUUGCCCUGCA